AGUAAGCAGAGAGCCGAGAUUGAAUAGCCUAAACUGUGCUGUCAGGACAACUAUUCUGCCGAGACCCCAAACUCAUCAGAAAACAAACAAAAGCUGGAUUUCAGAGAACCGUUAUGUUUUCUCAGAUACCGGCACAGCGAUUAAUUGGACAGAAGACUGACUUUAGGAACUCGUUUAAAUAAAUCUGCUGAAUUUAAACCAUUUCAAAUCACUAUAAUAAAUUAAAGAAAACUUCAAAGCAAAUUGGGUCAUUUUGAAAGGUUUCGGACUACAAAAAAAAUGUGUCUGUCUGCAACAAGUUCCAAUUAGGUUAACCCAGACAGAAAAAAAAUACUUUAUUUCCCCCAUUAGAAUUAGCCAUACCUAUGGUCCUGGAUUGACCCCGCGUAUUCUGAGCAGCAUUUUCGUUUGUUGGACUGUGGACACAAAGAUCGAGCUCGCCGUCUGUGCAGCACAGCUAGCUGGGAGACUUGGGAGUCCUUGAUUAGGCGAUCAGAGCUGUGAAGGAGCGGGGGAUUGGCAUUAAACUGUUUUUUCGUUUUUAAUUGAAAAAGUCAGUAAACCCCGAGCUGAGGAAGAACUCGCUGCAUUAUGGCGGGUGUAAACAAAAUCUAUCUGAUGGUUGGAGUUUUGUUACUUUUUCAGACCUUUGGAAAUCUGUUUCAUGUAACUCACUGUGAAACUACAAAGGGAGGAAACGGAGUAUUAUUUACACAUUACCUUCCUCAAGCAGACGAGAAUGUUAAGGUGGAUUUAAGACUUUACAAUCACAGAUGGAAAAGACAGGACUGGUCCUCUCCAAAGUCAGUGGAUAAUAACAGAGCCAGUCAAGACCAGGACACCUCAGACCCUUGGAGGCUCCCAGACUUUCCUACAGAAGAGGACAAUGACAAUAACACUCAAGUCGAGAAAGACACAGAUCACAGCUAUUACAUAUCUAAAACAUUUGGACCAUCCGAUUCCACAAGCAAAGAGUUGUGGGUCAACAUUGAUCAAAUGGACAAAGACAAGGUGAAGAUUCAUGGGAUUUUAUCAAAUACUCAUCGUCAAGCUGCGAGAGUGAAUCUGUCGUUUGAUUUUCCGUUUUAUGGACAUUUCCUUCGUGAGAUCACUGUGGCAACCGGUGGUUUUAUCUACACAGGCGAUGUUAUACACAAAAUGCUGACAGCCACACAAUACAUAGCACCACUGAUGGCGAACUUUGACCCCAGUGUGUCUAGAAAUUCAACUGUAAGAUACUUUGAUAAUGGUACAGCACUGGUUGUCCAGUGGGACCAUGUCCAUCUGCAGGACAAUUACAGCCUGGGCAGUUUUACCUUCCAGGCUACCAUGCACAAUGAUGGGCGCAUAGUCUUUGCCUAUAAAGAUAUUCCUGCUUCGGUGACACAGAUCAGCUCUGUCAAUCAUCCUGUCAAAGUGGGUCUUUCUGAUGCGUUUGUGGUCGUCCACAGGAUCCAGCAGAUUCCAAAUAUUCGCAGAAGAACAAUAUACGAGUACCACCGAGUUGAGCUGCUGAAGACGAAGAUUACAAGCUCGUCAGCAGUUGAGAUGAUUCCUCUUCCUACUUGUUUGCAGUUCAGAAGCUGUGGUCCUUGUAUCUCUUCCCAGAUUGGAUUUAACUGUAGCUGGUGUAAGAAACUGCAAAGAUGUUCCAGUGGGUUUGACCGUUACCGUCAGGACUGGGUAGAUAGCAGCUGCAUUGACGAGGCUAAGGAAAAGAUUUGUGAAAAUUUCCCAGAAGCCACUCAGCUGUAUCCCUUUACCACCACUACUGUUCCCCAAACAUCACCCAGAAUCUUAACGACCAGCACUGCGUCUUCAACCUCACAUCUUCCGACCAGUAUCCCAACGGAAGAUGACACAAAAAUUGCAGUGCACUUGAAAGACCACGGAGCCUCCCCUGCUGAGAGCACUGCUGAAAAGAAAGGCUCGCUACACGCUGGCUUGACAGCAGGCAUCCUGUUAAUUGUUCUCAUCAUGGCAGCAGCAAUCCUGGUGACAGUCUACAUGUACCAUCACCCCACAUCCGCUGCCAGCCUCUUCUUCAUCGAGAGGCGCCCAAGCAGAUGGCCUGCAAUGAAGUUCAGAAGGGGCUCUGGCCACCCUGCAUACGCUGAAGUGGAGCCAGUUGGACAGGAAAAGGAAGGCUUUAUUGUAUCAGAACAGUGCUGAGAUGUCAACAAGGACAGCUCACUUGUACUGGCAUACAGGUGUGGCGGCUUUUGCUGAAGUCUUUGAUAAACCAGAAGUGCUAUAGCGUACUGCUGUCCUCUGAAGAGAGACUAAUGGAUCAAGCCUUGAAUUAAAAAAAAAGACUCUUCUAUCCAAGAGAACCACUACACAGUAGUCUUCCUUAGAGACACGGAAACACGUAUCACAGAUUAGACCAAGGCCUACUGGACAAAACUAUAACCUGAGAGAGUCUGGUUCACAGAGAUCAAUCAUCACGUGAAUCUUGCUUUUCUUAUUGCCUUGGAGCUAAAUUACAACAGAAAUCCACCGCUCACUGAAAGUUGACAUCCACCUGUGUCAGAACUAUUUAGGCAGUCGUUUUGAGUCGGUUUUUUUAAGGGAUUUAGGUAACCAGUUAUAUUUUAUGUGUCUAUGACAGUAUGGGGUGGGGGGGAAAUAUAUUUUUUAAAAGUUAUUUCAUGUUUUUAGUUUCGAUAAGGCAUUUUGCACUCAAAUAUAUAUUUAAAAGGGUUCGGGAUAGGUUUUUCUUUUCUUUUUGGAUUGUAAUCACAUUAGUUUAGAUAUCUGUUAUGUUUUUAAUAGUUGCUAAACAGCAGCGAGUCAGCAUUAGCAGAAUUUUAACUGGAAGGGUACCAGCAGUGACUCUGUUUAAGCCUGGGUCACACACGGGUAUCAACACGCGCGGUAUCGAGCAGAAAUAGCAGCAUUUUGCCGCGCAUAUCACCCACCAUUUAUUCUUAUGAGACUGAACUCACACUGAUGGAAAAGUACAGCAGCGGCAGAAUUUUAGAACAACAAAUUAUUUCUAGGCGACCGAUAUUCUGCAGUGGAGAGAUUUUCCAGCCGCGGCAGCUGUAACUCUAACCAAUCAGAUGGGUGUUUUGGGAUUGCAGGAUUCGUCAUGCCUGGAAAUAUCCAUCAAUGUGAUUUGUGUGAUUAAUAUCUUAUGCUACUUCAUCACACACAUAAGCAACAAGAGGCCUUGUUAAUCCCAAAUUACAUACCAAACAUUUUGGCCUGGUUUUCUUUGGUGCCUGUAGGGGUAAUACAGUUCUUGAUAUUUAAUUCUGUAAGAACAGAAAGUUAAGGGGGGAAAAUUAAGUUUUCAGAAACAUAAGGCAAUUUUUUUAAAGCUUAUUGAAGGGUUGCUCUACUAAAUUAACACCUCUUUCAUUGUCGUGUAUUUAAAAUGUAACUAAGAAAUCUCAAACACAGAGUGAGGCAAUACAUGUACAUUUCAGUGUUGUAGCUUUAAAUAAGCUCACUAUUCAUGAAUGACAAGGUAGUGUUGAGAUGAUGAGAAGCAUACCAUUCCACAGUGCAAGUCCUUCCGUUUAACUUCCUGGUCAAUAAAUACCAAUAUUUUCUUGAGUAAAUGAACUGCAUAUACUGGACUUAUUCUGUAAAAUGGCAUACAAUUUAGUUUGAAAUUCUUCCUCUUCCAUCUCAUCAUCACUGGAACUCCAGUCCAUAAUUUGUGGCCAGUUUGGCUGUAUUGAUAGGGCAUGGUUUACUUUAGCAGCUGCCACCGUAUAUGCUGUUGUGUGUCCACCAAUUGUGAUUCAGAAUCCCUAAAUAAAAUAUGAGACCCCCCCACCCCCCACCCCCCAAAGUCACCUUUAUUAUAAAUGACCACUGGUGAGGGGUAAGUAUGUUGUUUAGUGGUCUCUGAGACAAGAGAGAACGGAAGGAUAUAGAAGAAAAUAAAACAGUGUGAUAAAUAUGAACCAGCAUAUUAUUAUUUUUUUUUUUUUGUAGUUAAAUUAGUUCUGAAGCACAAUCGAUUUGCUUUUGCUGGGUCUUCAUGGUUCUUCUGUAAUCAAAUGUGGAUAUUUUGCACAACCCGAUAGUUCCCUUGUGUUUGAUGCACAUAUUACUUGCAUAUAGACCUUUUUUUUUUAAUUUUGCUUUUCUUUUGAUAGCAGACGCAAGACAGGCUCUUGUGAAUUUUAGGCAGCCUUUUUGUUCAUCCAUAUGAGUUGAUUAAAUAAUUGAAGAAUGAAAUAAUUACUAAGGGACUGUAAUCCAAUAGUCGGUACACUUAGGAUGGGAGGUUGCUUGGGUGGAGCAGGCUUUUCGGGGCAGCAGUGAGGUCAUUUCUCAUUGUUUUUCUUUAGUUUUCUUUUGAGCUUCCCUAGCAAUGCGAGUCGCUGAAACCUUUAAAUCAGGUAUGUAUAUUUGAAUGCAAUCUUUUACAUGAUAUCUCUAAUGCUUUCAGGCAUUGGCACUUGAACAUGUAUGUUGUGAAACAUUUGCAGCUUCCCGUUUCAUAAUGCAUACCUUUUAUGUUUAUCUUUGGUGGGGAGUCUAGGGUUGCUCUGUCAAUUACUUUAUUUUUUAUUCACGUCUGAAUGAUUUUGACUAAUUUUAAUAGCAUUUAAUUUUUAUGUCAUGCUAACUGUUUGCAAGAUUAAAUACAUUGUUUUAUUAUAAUCAGUGUGAAGUAGAGCAUUUUAUCAGAACAGAUUUUUUUUUUUUUUAUGCAUUAGGAAACCAAAACAGAAAUCAAACAGUACAAGUGGUUUUAGCACUCCACAAGAUUGUAAUUACAAAUGCAUUGUAAAUAUAAAUGCAAUAGGGAUGUCUGUAUGAUUCAGUUGCUUUGGCUCCUAUGUCGCAUUUCGGGGCCAGGGAUCUAGUCUUGCCUAAGUGGUAUUUGUCAGUGAAAAGCCUAGAUGACAUGAUUUACACCACAGACAAGGAAUGCGAUUUGAAAAGCAAUUCAAAUUUGAUGUUAACGAAAAACUGACAAAAAUGGACAUGUAAAGAAAUAUAACAAAUACUCUUAUGGCUCCCAGU